CCCCUCCACUCCCCCAUGGCUGCCGUUGGCGUCACCUCCCCGGCGACGCCAGCCACCGUGUUCUCCUUGCCCACCCGCCGCCGCAUCCACCUCCACCCCGCCCGAUUUUCCGCUGCAGCAUCAUUCCGCGCGCGAUGCGCCGCCGCGGCGGCCGACGGCGGGGCUGCGGCCUCGGAGGACGUGGCUGCGGCAGCCGAGGGGGAUCCCGACGCGGGAACAGACGUCGCCGGCGGAGCGGCCACCUCCACGCGGCCUCCAUACUCGAUCAUCUCCGCAGCCAACGUGCAGAAGGCGAUGCGCGGCCUCGCAAUUACAGAUGCUGAUCACUAUGGGAGGCUUGGAAUCACCAGAUUAGCGUCAACCGAUGAGGUUAAAACUGCAUAUGAGAAAAGGUGUGAACAACUGAACAGCCAAGGACUGGAAGAAGAGGAAAUCAGCAAGGAACAUGAUCUAUUAAAGGAAUCUUUUACCAUACUAUCAACCGAGGAAGAGAGAAGAUUAUAUGAUUGGAGCUUGGCAAGAAAUGGGCAGCCCGAGCGAUAUGUCUGGCCUUUCGAAGUUGACCCCUUGGAGUUGGCACCGGAUCCUCCAGAGGACCCAGAGGAUGAGUUUCCAACGAAGCUUGUCGGCUACUUCUUGCUGGCAUGGUUCAUAAUUUCUGUUGCCUGCUCGGUGAUUCUCAACAGAUCAUGAUAUUCUUUCUAAACGAAGAUGAAUCGUAACUCGGUACUAUCCUGCUUGAGCACGAACACUAUCUUGCUGGCAGUCAUACUGUUUUAAUUAACUAGUUAAGUGCAUAACAUCACAAUUUGUACAGAUCAAAUAUAUGAAUCAAUCUUUAGUUUUUCACAGAA